AGCUUAGCUUAUACAUCAACAAAGGUACUACCAUUCUCGGUUUUCUUUUGUGUCUGAGAGCACCGAUCUCAAUCUCUUCAGGUCAGGAAUUCUCCAUACUCCUCCUGUAUUAUUAAUAUUCCACUCAAAAAAGCGCCCAAGCCCUCAUGUCGGAGCCUUCCAAGCUUCUCAAUCCAUGGGUCCUCCAUCAUCAGAAACUCGGUCUCGAGCUCAAGUGCCCUCUCUGCUUGAACCUGCUUAAUCGCCCGAUGCUGCUUCCCUGCAAUCACAUCUUCUGCGAUUUAUGCGUGCCAAGAUCAACCCAGUUUGGAUCCGACUGCCCCGUCUGUAAACAACAGUUCGUUACUCGAGAUGUACGGCCAGCUCCUUAUAUGGAUAGUCUGGUAACCAUUUAUAGAAGUUUGGAUGCCACUUUCAGUGCUACUCUCUUUCAGCCUCUCACACCUGAUUGUGGAAGAGUGUCUCAGCAAUCCCCUGUACAAGGUGACAAUGAAUUAAAGGAGUCAGAUGAAACACCUCAGGAGGGAAACUCUGGCAAUGGGCUAUGCAAAUUUUUACUAGGAACAAGUAAACGAGUUCGGGCUUCACUUGACCAUCCUGUUACAGAAGGAAAUACACUGACUGGAAAAUCUGACAAAUGCACUCUGCAAUUUUCUAGGAAGUCAGAAAAGCUUAAGAUGUGUGAUGUGGAUGGAAUGGUUUUCCAUGGUAAAAAUGAAACGACUACCCUAGAAAAUCCUGGUUCAACAAGGGCUGCAGAAUACAAAGACCCUGGUCUAGAUGUGAUAGAAUUUAGUCAAAUGUUACAUCCAUCACCAGUAAGCGCUCCUUCUCUUGGUGACAAACACAUGGAUGAUGAAAGAAGUGAUCAAGGCAGUGGCAAUGAAUGUGCUGAAAGGCAUCCAGGCAAGUGCUUAGUUGAGAUGAACUCUGAUAAUCCUGGUGCUGGAAUGAAGGAGAGAACUUUGGCUGAAGCUGGAGAAUAUCAUGCCAAGGAUGUCAAAAGACAAAAGAAACUGAACUGUGGAUUGAUUGAUAUGGACGUGACAAACAACAGCUGCAGUCAACCAAAAUUUCUUAAUUUUGGACGUGCAGCAACUUCAGAAUUGAUGUCAAAAGCUGAGGAAUUCUCUAGGGAAAAUGCAUUUAUGGUUUCAGAUGCAUGUGAGGCAAGUAGAAGUAUUUGUGCCUUCUGCCAAUCCUCUAGUGUUACAGAUAGAACUGGGCCUAUGUUGCAUUAUGUCAAUGGAAGGGAGGUUGUGGGAGAUGGGGCAACAAACUCCAAUGCAAUACAUGCUCACAAGAUAUGCAUUGAAUGGACACCUCAAGCUUAUUUUGUUGGUGAAACUGUUAAAAAUUUGAAAACAGAAGUUGCGAGAGCUGCAAAACUAAAAUGCACCAGCUGUGGGCUAAGAGGAGCUGCUCUUGGCUGCUUUGUGAAAUCAUGCCGCAAAAGUUAUCACGUCCCAUGUGCUGUUGAAGUUCUUGGUUGCAGAUGGAACUUCGAUGACUUUCUAAUGCUCUGCCCAAGUCAUUCUUCUGUCAAGUUUCCAAGUGAGAAGUCCAAAUUUGGGAAGUGCACCAUUGAAAAGCAGCAUUUUGUGCCAACUAAAAUUGAAUCCAGAAUGCCUAAGCAGUCCAACUUGUGGAGAGCCUCUCCUGAUGGAGCAAAAGAAUGGGUUUUUUGUGGCUCUGCCCUGUGUGCUGAAGAAAAGCAUCUUUUGAUCAAAUUUGCAAGCAUUUGCGGUGCAACUGUAACCAAGUUUUGGAGGCCAAAUGUUACCCAUGUCAUUGCUGCCACAGAUGAGAAGGGUGCAUGCAGCAGGACACUUAAAGUUCUCAAGGCAAUUUUGCAUGGAACAUGGAUCCUUAAGACUGAAUGGAUAAAAGCAUGCAUGGAAGCUAUGCAUCCUGUGGAUGAAGAGCCUUAUGAAGUUAGUCUAGACAAUCAUGGCUGUUGUGACGGCCCCAAAGCUGGCAGACUCAGGGCCCUGGAAAAUGUUCCAAAGCUGUUUGAUGGCUUAAAUUUCUACUUCAUGGGGGACUUCAUACCAGCUUACAGGGAAGAUCUACUGGAUUUGGUGAUUACUGCAGGAGGUGGUGUUGUUGAGAGCAAGCAACAGUUGGCUUCACUUGCUCAUGCAGCAACAUUUGUGGUCUAUAACAACGAUCCCAUGCAAGUAGUGCAAGGGUGCAUAUUUGAAGAGGAUGGUUCUUCUUCCUCUUCUUCUUCAUCUGCAUUGCAGAGACUGGAAGCAGCAGCAAAAGAGUUGAGUGAUGAACUUGGGUCUCAGCCUCAGGUCAUUGCCCACACAUGGCUUCUGGAAUCAAUUGCUGCUUCCAAGUUGCAGCCUUUUGGUAAAUAAAUGCUAACAGUAACAAACAGAUUUGCCUGUGCCCCUGGGAUGUCUUAGUUUUCAGAUGCAAGAUGGUCAUGUAAACUUGAUAGGAUUCCCACAAAUUUCACUUGAAAGAGAGUUUUAGUUUUACUCUGUUUUUUUUAUCGUCAAAAUCUAUAAUUAUUAUCCUUUGGUUGUAUUUUAGAUAGAAAUUUAUUGCAUGGAUAUGAAUAAUAAUAAUUUAUGAAUUGGAGUGUAAAUGAAUUAUUACAGUUUUGAACAA